GAAGAAAAGAGCAUCGGAAUGCGGGGACUUUGGAUUUCUCUCCGACGCAACCACAGUAAAAGAUUCCGCAAGCAGGGUCUCCACAUUUGUGGUUAGGGUCAGGGAUUUUGACAGUCGGAUCGGAGGCCCGUCUUCUUUCUUCAUCCCCCUCGAUCUCUCCUCCUCGACAACACACAUCACCGCAAUUCAUCUUUGAUUGCGGCGGUCACGCGAUCUUCCUGUUUUGUUGAUUCGCAGGCGUCGUCAGGGUUGUAUUCAAGUUCGAUUUGGAAUAGUUGUAGACUGAACUUGGGACUGCUUGCUGGGAGGCGGGAUGUCGGGGUUGUUCCACGUUGGUGGGAAAGUGGUCGAGAGUGUUGAUUUACUGAGGAAGAGGCACGGGCUGUGGCGCUUUGAUGCCUGGCCUUUUGGCCUAAUUUAUGCAGCUUGGUUAGUUGCAAUACUGCCCAACUUGGACUCCUUGGAUGCUGCUAUUGUUCUUGGUGGCCUUGCAGCUCUUCAUAUGCUGGUUUUCCUUUUUACUGUUUGGUCCGUGAAUUUCAGAUGUUUUGUCCAAUAUUCGAAGGUUACUGACAUUCACCAUGCAGAUGCAUGCAAAAUAACUCCAGCUAAAUUUUGUGGUUCUAAGGAAGUUGUGCCACUUCAUUCUCGGAAGCUGGCAGGUUCUUCUUUGGCGGAGGAAGAAAUUUAUUUUGAUUUCAGAAAGCAACGGUUCAUCUAUUCAAAGGAGAAGGAGACCUUUUCCAAACUUCCUUACCCUUCUAAGGAACCAAUUGGCUACUAUCUUAAAACUACUGGCCACGGUUCUGAAGCAAAAGUUACUGCUGCUACCGAGAAAUGGGGACGCAAUGCAUUUGAUUAUCCUCAACCUACGUUUCAGAAAUUGAUGAAGGAGCACUGCAUGGAGCCCUUCUUUGUAUUUCAGGUCUUCUGUGUGGGCCUCUGGUGUUUGGAUGAAUAUUGGUACUACAGUUUGUUCACUCUAUUUAUGCUGUUUAUGUUUGAGUCAACAAUGGCAAAAAGUCGGUUGAAGACUCUAACUGAGCUUAGACGUGUACGAGUCGAUUCUCAGACUCUAAUGGUGCAUCGUUGUGGGAAGUGGGUGAAACUCUCUGGGACAGAUCUUCUGCCUGGAGAUGUUGUGUCCAUUGGGCGCUCUACUGGUGAGAAUGGGGAAGAUAAAUCUGUACCUGCGGAUAUGCUUAUAUUAGCUGGGAGUGCUAUAGUAAAUGAAGCCAUUCUCACAGGCGAGUCCACCCCACAAUGGAAGGUUUCAGUCAUGGGUAUGGGACCUGAGGAGAAGUUAUCAAUUAGGCGAGACAAAAACCAUGUUCUUUUUGGUGGGACAAAGAUAUUGCAGCAUACACCAGAUAAAACAUUUCACAUGAAAACCCCUGAUGGUGGCUGCUUGGCUGUCAUUCUACGAACUGGAUUUGAAACAAGCCAAGGGAAGCUGAUGCGGACUAUUUUGUUUUCUACAGAGAGGGUAACUGCUAACAGCUGGGAAAGUGGGCUUUUCAUCAUGUUCUUAGUCGUGUUUGCAGUAAUAGCUGCUGGUUAUGUACUUAAAAAGGGACUGGAGGAUCCAACCAGGAGCAAAUACAAACUAUUCCUGAGUUGUUCACUGAUUAUUACUUCUGUGAUCCCACCUGAGCUGCCAAUGGAAUUGUCAAUUGCUGUUAAUACAUCCCUCAUUGCACUGGCACGGCGUGGGAUAUUCUGUACAGAACCCUUUCGAAUCCCGUUUGCUGGAAAGGUUGAUAUAUGUUGUUUUGACAAGACAGGAACACUGACGUCAGAUGAUAUGGAAUUUUCUGGAGUUGUUGGAUUGGCUGACAGUAUGGAUUUAGAAACAGAUAUGAGUAAAGUGCCUGCCCGCACAGUGGAAAUUCUUGCUUCUUGUCAUGCUUUGGUAUUUGUGGACAACAAGUUGGUUGGUGAUCCCCUUGAAAAGGCUGCACUUAAGGGAAUAGAGUGGAGCUAUAAAUCAGAUGAGAAGGCUGUGCCAAAAAAGGGAAGUGGCAAUGCUGUUCAGAUUGUGCAGAGACACCACUUUGCAUCUCACUUAAAACGAAUGGCAGUUGUUGUUCGUGUUCAGGAGCAAUUCAUUGCUUUUGUCAAGGGUGCACCAGAAACUAUUCAGGAGAGGCUCAUUGAUUUACCACCCUCAUAUGUCAAUACCUACAAGAAAUACACACGUCAAGGAUCUCGCGUUUUGGCCCUGGCUUUCAAGUUCCUUCCAGAAAUGACAGUUAGUGAAGCUAGAGGCUUGGAUAGAGAUGUUGUGGAGAGUGGACUCAUUUUUGCUGGUUUUGCGGUAUUUAACUGUCCAAUUAGAGGAGACUCAGCCACUGUGUUGUCAGAGCUAAAAGGAUCAUCACAUGACUUGGUUAUGAUCACUGGCGAUCAAGCUUUGACAGCCUGUCAUGUUGCUAGUCAAGUUCAUAUUAUUAGCAAACCAGCAUUGAUUCUUGGUCAGGCAAAGAAUGGUGGAGGAUAUGAGUGGGUUUCUCCAGAUGAGACUGAGAUUAUUACUUACAGCGAGAAAGAGGUUGAAGCUUUAUCCGAGGCUCAUGAUCUCUGUGUUGGGGGUGAUUGCAUUGAGAUGUUGCAGCAGACUUCUGCUGUCCUUAAAGUCAUUCCAUAUGUGAAGGUUUUUGCAAGGGUUGCUCCUGAGCAAAAAGAGCUCAUUAUGACCACCUUUAAAACAGUAGGAAGAAUAACACUGAUGUGUGGUGAUGGAACUAAUGAUGUUGGAGCUUUGAAGCAGGCACACGUAGGAGUCGCUCUGUUGAAUGCAAUGCCCCCAGCUCAAAGUGAAAAGAAAUUGGAUGCUUCUACUAAGAAAGAAACUACAUUGUCCCUAAAAUCAAAGAAACCUAAGUCCACAGUAUCUGGGAAGUCCAUUGAAAAUGGUGAAGGGCCUUCAAAGAACAAAUCUGUUUCAAAGUUGCAAUCUACCAGUAAUGCUGCCAGUAACCGCCGUCUGACACCUGCAGAGAUGCAAAGAGAGAAGCUGAAGAAGCUCAUGGAUGAGCUAAAUGAGGAGGGUGAUGGUCGAUCAGCUCCCAUAGUCAAACUUGGUGAUGCCUCAAUGGCUUCACCAUUUACAGCAAAACAUGCAUCAGUUGCCCCCACCACAGACAUAAUCCGUCAGGGUCGUAGUACCCUAGUGACUACACUCCAGAUGUUCAAGAUUCUUGGUCUUAAUUGCCUUGCAACUGCAUAUGUGCUGAGUGUCAUGUACCUGGAUGGUGUUAAAUUGGGUGAUGUUCAGGCUACAAUCAGUGGAAUAUUUACAGCUGCCUUCUUUCUGUUUAUCUCACAUGCUCGUCCACUUUCCGGCCUCUCAGCUGAAAGGCCCCAUCCCAAUGUAUUCUGUUCCUAUGUCUUCCUCUCUCUCCUAGGACAGUUUGCAAUCCACCUGUAUUUCUUGAUUUCAUCUGUGAAAGAAGCUGAGAAGUACAUGCCUGAUGAAUGUAUUGAACCCGAUUCAAACUUCCACCCAAACCUUGUGAAUACGGUUUCAUACAUAGUAGGCAUGAUGAUCCAGGUGGCCACUUUUGCUGUGAAUUACAUGGGCCAUCCUUUCAAUCAGAGCAUCACGGAAAACAAACCGUUUCUGUAUGCACUUUGGGCUGCAGUUGGCUUUUUUACAGUUAUCACCUCGGAUAUGUUCAGGGACUUGAAUGACUGGUUGAAAUUGUGGCCCAUGCCAAUCCCUCUGAGGAAUAAGCUCAUGGUUUGGGCCCUCCUGAUGUUCUCGGGCUGUUACCUGUGGGAGAGGCUACUGAGAUGGGCUUUCCCUGGUAGAGUUCCAGCUUGGAAGAGGCGGCAACAUGUGGCUGUGGCUAGCCAAGAGAAGAAACGUGUCUAAAUGAAUAGCUGGUACAGAGCGUAGCUAACUGUAUCAUCUUUUUUUGGGACCAAGGUAGUUGAUUGAAUAUUUUUGAAAGAGUUGGAACAGCUAUGCUAUAGGAGUGAUAGAUAAUUGAGGUUGAAAGAACACAACAUUGUUCUAUGGUUUUCUACUCUAGCAGCCGGAGUUCUGUUUUGGGAAUGUUCCCUGUUUUGAUUGGAGGGGGUGAUACUUAUUGUUGGCUGAAAGCCAUUGAAAGUUGCUUGCUGCUCAGGCGAGGUGCCUUAAAAAUGACCCCUGUUGAGUUUAUUGUAUCCGGCUGAUGCUUAGAUAAAUUUUAACUGAUCAUUUCCAUUUCCUUUCAGCUUAUUGAAUCUCUCUCUUUUCUGUCUCAA